AUGAAGUUUUCGGUUGCUGCGAUCGUUGCCUCUUCUUUGCUCUACAGCACUUCUGCUUUUCACAUUCAAGCACCGUCCAAGCCUUCCAGUUUGGUCCUGAACGCAAGCAGAGCUGCCAAGAAGAAAGUCUCUCGCGCCAAAUGGCUCGAAAAACGGGGCUUUAGCGACGCCGUCGCAACUACUUCCUCCGAAAGUGGAAUCAUAAAGAACGACGAGGGACUUGAGUUUGUCAAGUUGGUGCACCCAGAAUCUGGUGCAUCCGCAGAAGUUUACCUCUUCGGUGGCGUAGUUACUUCAUAUAAGGAUGGAGACGGCACCGAAUUCAUUGCUGUUCGCCCGGACGCAAAAAUGGAUGGUUCCAAGCCUAUUAGUGGGGGUCUAUCUCACUGCUGGCCUCAGUUUGGACCAGGCGAAAUCCAACAGCACGGAUUUGCCCGUAAUGUCAUGUGGGAGGUCACGGAAUCGACUGAUACUACUGUGACAAUGCAGAUGAAGCCUAGUGAUUACACCAAGGAGAUGUGGGAUAAGGAAUUUCUGUGCAACUUCUCUGUCUCGUUGGAAGCCGGCGAGCUUAAGACUGUAAUGAAUGUUAAGAAUGAAGGCGCUGAAGAAUCUUUCGAUUUUCAAGCUGCCCUCCAUUCCUAUUUUACCACAUCUUCCCUGGAAAACCUUGAAAUCACUGGUUCAUUCGAAGGCAAGGAAUUCUUGAACAAGCUUGUUGGUGACGAAGGAGAGAUGCAAACAGAGGAUCGUAGUGCAAUUAAGAUUUCAGAAGAAUACGAUCGAGUGUACAAGGGUGUGAAUGACCCUGUUCUCAAGGAUUCGGGUACUGGAAAGGCUCUCAACAUCUUGAACCAAGCUGGAUGGGAAGAUACCGUUCUAUGGAGCCCUUAUGGCAAUGAGGCAAUGGGGUUUGACAACUUCGUAUGUGUGGAGUCUGUCAAGUUUGAUCCUGUCACCUUGGAUGCUGGAAAAUCAUGGGAAGGUGUUCUUGUGUUGAAGCCUGAGGCACUCUAA